UCGUUAAGGUUGAGAGAGAAAGGUCCCACGUGACAAGAGAGAAGUAUAGUUAUUGAUUCUUACAUGAAAGUGGUAAGUGAUAGCGACGUGACGUGAUUAUGAAAAAAGUAGAGAUUCGCGUUCUCCAUUUUUGUUUCUCUUGUCAACUUUGAAACUCAACUGAAUCACUCUCUCCCCUCAUAGACAUUAGACAUAGUCAUGAAUGAGUUGCAAUGGGAGUACCCCGUCGCCAGCUUAACCACCGGAUUCGCCUUCAUCACUUUCCAGUAUCCCCUUGAUGUUGUCCAAACUAGGCUUCAAGUUCACGAUGGUAGACUCUUCUCUCAAUAUCCCAGAUACAACAACACUACUCACGCUAUUUUCACCAUUGCUCGUAAAGAGGGAUUGAAAGGGCUAUAUGCAGGCUUUCCUGCUGGGCUUCUUGGCGCAACUAUUUCAUGGAGUUUAUUAGUCUUUUACUAUGGAAUAGUUAAAGACAGACAUGCUAGGAGCAAAGUGGAGAAGUCAGGAGCUUUGAUGACGGUUUGCUUGUGCGCAAAUCCUGCUUUUGUAGUGAAGACAAGGUUGCAGCUUCAGACGCCUCUUCAUCAUGCACGGCCAUAUUCUGGGCUAUAUGAUGCAUUUAGAACCAUAAAGAGGGAAGAAGGAUUCAGUGCAUUUUACAGAGGAAUUGUUCCUGGUUUUUUUCUGAUCUCUCAAGCUGCUAUUCAAUUCAUAGUAUACGAGCAGCUUCGUAAAACUGUUGUCAAUUUGAAGACCAAAGGAAGUAAAAUACAACAUCAAAAACCUGAUCAAAUCUUGAAAUCUGUUGAUUAUGCUGUUCUUGGAGCAACAUCAAAAGUUGCUGCAUUACUCUCACUCCAUCCAAUUCAUGUUAUACGGACUCGUUUGCAGCAACGACCUGACAGCGAUGGAAUACCAAGAUAUAAGAACAGUUGGCAUGUUGUAAAAGAAACUGCACGGUUUGAAGGUGUCCGAGGUUUUUACAAGGGAAUCACCCCAAAUCUCUUGAAAAAUGUUCCAAUUUCUUCAAUAGCAUAUAUCGUUUAUGGAAAAGUUCUAAAGUUACUUAAAUCGGCUAGAGGGAAGGACUGAAUAUUUUAUAUUUAUAGCAUUGCAUAACCACUCAAUAAUGUGGAUACAGUUUUUGGAGAUCAGAAGCAUUCUUGCCACAAGUUCAUGUUCAAUAUCUUUCAUGUCAUAGUUGGAUACUUAUAAUUUGAUCAACGAAAUUUCUGUACUGUUUGACCUUUUGUAAUGUAGAGCUUCACCUCAUAUACCUUAUAUGGGCAAAAGAUCGUACAUCAUGUUAACCUUUAUAGGAGAAAUAUGCUAUUUCCUUUUACAGAA